UGAUGCAGUAUGUGUCAUGGCCUGCACAGAGUUGACGACUCCACUACCACCAGUAACAACACCAAGGCCAACAACUCCAGGACCAACUACACCAAAACCAACGACACCAAGACCAACAACCCCUAAACCAACGACUCCAGGACCAACAACACCAAAACCAUCAACUCCAAGCCCAACUACACCAAAACCAACAACUCCAGGACCAACUACACCAAAACCAACAACUCCAGGACCAACAACACCAAAACCAUCAACUCCAAGUCCAACUACACCAAAGCCAACAACUCCAGGACCAACAACACCAAAACCAUCAACUCCAAUCCCAACUACACCAAAACCAACAACUCCAGGACCAACAACACCAAAACCAUCGACUCCAAGCCCAACUACACCAAAACCAACAACUCCAGGACCAACAACACCAAAACCAUCGACUCCAGACCCAACUACACCAAAACCAACAACUCCAGGACCAACAACACCAAAACCAACAACUCCAGGACCAACAACACCACAACCAUCAACUCCAAACCCAACUACACCAAAACCAACAACUCCAGGACCAACAACUCCAAAACCAUCAACUCCAAACCCAACUACGCCAAAACCAACAACUCCAGGACCAACAACACCAAAACCAUCAACUCCAAACCCAACUACACCAAAACCAUCAACUCCAGGACCAACUACACCUACGAAACCAAGUAUGAUUCAAUGCCCCCCAAAUGCAGAAUACAUAGACUGUGGUCCUGCAUGUGUCCCAACAUGUAAAGAACCUUCUACAAACUGUACUGGCUCUUGCAUCACCGGCUGCUUCUGUAAACCAGGGUUUGUCUUUAGGGGGCGCUACUGUGUCCCCCUGGAGAGUUGCGGUUGCCUGGAUGACCAGAACAACUAUUAUGAGCCAGGUGAGAUUGUUUUUGGAGAUGGCUGUUCCAAGCUGUGCCGCUGUGCAGGAAACUACACUUUGGAAUGCGUAGAUAACUCCUGUGACCCCACUGAAGAAUGCCGUGAGAUUAAUGGGGUUUCUGGUUGUUAUCCUAAAGAUACAUCCACAUGUAUAGCAUCUGGUGAUCCUCAUUACACCACGUUUGAUAAGAAAAAAUACAACUUCAUGGGAAACUGCAGCUAUUUAAUGACUGCACCCUGCAACAAAACAUUUCAACCAUACUUUGAAGUCCACGCUGACAAUGAAAACCGUUACAACAAGCCAACCAUCUCCUACUUGAAGGCUGUCCAUGUAUAUGUGCACAUGGUGAAGAUUUCAAUCCUUAAAGGUGGCACUGUGCAGGUGAAUGGUACCAAUGUAAAUCUGCCAGUCAAUCCAGCCCCUGGUGUCUCUGUGUUCAAGUCUGGAAAACACUACACUGUGUCUAUGGACUUUGGUGUGACUGUUCGAUAUGAUGGUAACCACUUCAUGGACAUAAAAGUGACAAAAGACUUUCAGAGUAAACUAUGUGGACUGUGUGGAGACUAUGAUGGAAAUGCCAAAGACGACUUCCGCAAACCUGAUGGAUUACUGACCAACAAUGCAAAUGAGUUUGGCCACAGCUGGAACACUGAUCCAGAGUGUAAUAAGAAACCAAACACCACGUUCCCUGGUUGUGAUGAAGAAGAGCAGGAUUUGUAUGAGAGCUCUGGAUACUGCGGCAUUCUCCUGGACAAAAACGGUCCUUUUGCUGUCUGCCAUCGUAAAGUCAACCCCAAUAACUAUUUCAGGGACUGUGUAUUUGAUCUGUGUGAACUGGAUGGAGCCAAACCCAUUCUGUGUGAAGCCAUCGAAGCAUAUGUGAAUGAGUGCCAAGACCGUGGAGUGGACAUCGGAGCCUGGAGGAAUGAAACCUUCUGCCCUCUGAAAUGCCCCCCAAACAGCCACUACGUGCCCUGUGCCGCCCCCUGUCAGGACACAUGUGCAGGGAAGCCUACACACAACUGUGAUGGGCCCUGCUCUGAAGCCUGUGUGUGUGAUCCUGGAUAUGUUCUGAGUGCUGGCAAAUGUGUCAAGAAGAGUUCAUGUGGUUGCAAACACACCAACGGCCAGUAUUAUGAGCCUGGACAGGAGUUUUAUGUGGAGAACUGUCUGCUCAAGUGUAAAUGUGAAGCACCUUUUGUAACCUGUGUGCCCUCGGACUGUCCUCCAAUGCAUGAGUGUAAAGUACAGGAUGGAGAGCUGGGCUGUUACCCCACCGGCUCUCAGGACUGUGUAGUUUCUGGAGAUCCUCACUACAACACAUUUGACAAGAAAUUCUACAGUUUCAUGGGAACAUGUACCUACACACUAGCCAGACCCUGCAGGAACAACACAGGUCCAUGGUGGUCAGUGGAGGGCAAAAACGAGGAGAGAGGAGUGAGCGGUGUGUCGUACCUCAGAAAACUCUACGUGACUGUGAACGGAGUGACUGUGACACUGAUGAAGGCCAGGAGGACACUGGUGAAUGGUCUACGUGUAGCCCUUCCACACUCGCCUUCCCCUUUCAUUUCUGUCAGUCUCGCUGGUCAGUACAUCACAGUCCAGACACCUUUUGGGCUUCAGGUGCGCUGGGAUGGAAACCACUACGCCCAGAUUACAGUUCCCAGCUCCUACCAUGACCAGAUGUGUGGUCUCUGUGGUGACUAUGAUGGGAACCCAAACAAUGACUUCACCAAACCAGACGGCUCUCUGGGAGCAAACGCCAAUGAUUUCGGCAACAGCUGGCAGACAGAAGAGGAUGAGGAUGCCUCAUGCACCCCUGGCACCAAUCCUGAUCCAGAGUGUGACCCUAGUCUAGAGGCAGAGGUGGUGAAACCAGAAAAAUGUGGCAAAAUCAAGGAUCGCGCAGGACCCUUCAGGGAGUGUAUCAAUGUCGUGGAUCCUACUCCGUUCUUCCAGAGCUGUGUGUAUGACAUGUGUCAGUUCAAUGGUCAACAGCAGGUGUUGUGUGACCAGCUACAGGCCUACACUGACGUCUGCCAGAGAGCAGGAGCCACCGUCCACCAGUGGAGGACUCCAGACUUUUGCCCCCUGGCUUGUCCACCCAACAGCUCCUACUCUUUGUGCGUCAGCUCAUGUCCAGAGACCUGCCUGGGUGCUGUUGGACCGCCUGGUUGUGAAGAUGUGUGUGUGGAGGGAUGUGAGUGUAACCCAGGCUUCAUCCUCAGUAAUGACAAGUGUGUGGCACUGAAGGACUGUGGAUGUGUGGACACCAGUGGAACAUAUCAUCCUAUGGGUGAUGACUGGUACUUGGAAGGUUGUGAACAGAGGUGUAUGUGUCACAGUGGAGGUUUGAUCCAGUGUCACAAUACCAGCUGCAGACCCACUGAGAGCUGCCAGUUACACAACGGAGAGUAUGAAUGCCGUCCCACAACAGAAUGCCCCCCUAAUGCAGAAUACAUAGACUGUGGUCCUGCAUGUGUCCCAACAUGUAAAGAACCUUCUACAAACUGUACUGGCUCUUGCAUCACCGGGUGCUUCUGUAAACCAGGGUUUGUCUUUAGGGGGCGCUACUGUGUCCCCCUGGAGAGUUGCGGUUGCCUGGAUGACCAGAACAACUAUUAUGAGCCAGGUGAGAUUGUUUUUGGAGAUGGCUGUUCCAAGCUGUGCCGCUGUGCAGGAAACUACACUUUGGAAUGCGUAGAUAACUCCUGUGACCCCACUGAAGAAUGCCGUGAGAUUAAUGGGGUUUCUGGUUGUUAUCCUAAAGAUACAUCCACAUGUAUAGCAUCUGGUGAUCCUCAUUACACCACAUUUGAUAAGAAAAAAUACAACUUCAUGGGAAACUGCAGCUAUUUAAUGACUGCACCCUGCAACAAAACAUUUCAACCAUACUUUGAAGUCCACGCUGACAAUGAAAACCGUUACAACAAGCCAACCAUCUCCUACUUGAAGGCUGUCCAUGUAUAUGUGCACAUGGUGAAGAUUUCAAUCCUUAAAGGUGGCACUGUGCAGGUGAAUGGUACUAAUGUAAAUCUGCCAGUCAAUCCAGCCCCUGGUGUCUCUGUGUUCAAGUCUGGAAAACACUACACUGUGUCUAUGGACUUUGGUGUGACUGUUCGAUAUGAUGGUAACCACUUCAUGGACAUAAAAGUGACAAAAGACUUUCAGAGUAAACUAUGUGGACUGUGUGGAGACUAUGAUGGAAAUGCCAAAGACGACUUCCGCAAGCCUGAUGGAUUACUGACCAACAAUGCAAAUGAGUUUGGCCACAGCUGGAACACUGAUCCAGAGUGUAAUAAGAAACCAAACACCACGUUCCCUGGUUGUGAUGAAGAAGAGCAGGAUUUGUAUGAGAGCUCUGGAUACUGCGGCAUUCUCCUGGACAAAAACGGUCCUUUUGCUGUCUGCCAUCGUAAAGUCAACCCCAAUAACUAUUUCAGGGACUGUGUAUUUGAUCUGUGUGAACUGGAUGGAGCCAAACCCAUUCUGUGUGAAGCCAUCGAAGCAUAUGUGAAUGAGUGCCAAGACCGUGGAGUGGACAUCGGAGCCUGGAGGAAUGAAACCUUCUGCCCUCUGAAAUGCCCCCCAAACAGCCACUACGUGCCCUGUGCCGCCCCCUGUCAGGACACAUGUGCAGGGAAGCCUACACACAACUGUGAUGGGCCCUGCUCUGAAGCCUGUGUGUGUGAUCCUGGAUAUGUUCUGAGUGCUGGCAAAUGUGUCAAGAAGAGUUCAUGUGGUUGCAAACACACCAACGGCCAGUAUUAUGAGCCUGGACAGGAGUUUUAUGUGGAGAACUGUCUGCUCAAGUGUAAAUGUGAAGCACCUUUUGUAACCUGUGUGCCCUCGGACUGUCCUCCAAUGCAUGAGUGUAAAGUACAGGAUGGAGAGCUGGGCUGUUACCCCACCGGCUCUCAGGACUGUGUAGUUUCUGGAGAUCCUCACUACAACACAUUUGACAAGAAAUUCUACAGUUUCAUGGGAACAUGUACCUACACACUAGCCAGACCCUGCAGGAACAACACAGGUCCGUGGUGGUCAGUGGAGGGCAAAAACGAGGAGAGAGGAGUGAGCGGUGUGUCGUACCUCAGAAAACUCUACGUGACUGUGAACGGAGUGACUGUGGCACUGAUGAAGGCCAGGAGGACACUGGUGAAUGGUCUACGUGUAGCCCUUCCACACUCGCCUUCCCCUUUCAUUUCUGUCAGUCUCGCUGGUCAGUACAUCACAGUCCAGACACCUUUUGGGCUUCAGGUGCGCUGGGAUGGAAACCACUACGCCCAGAUUACAGUUCCCAGCUCCUACCAUGACCAGAUGUGUGGUCUCUGUGGUGACUAUGAUGGGAACCCAAACAAUGACUUCACCAAACCAGACGGCUCUCUGGGAGCAAACGCCAAUGAUUUCGGCAACAGCUGGCAGACAGAAGAGGAUGAGGAUGCCUCAUGCACCCCUGGCACCAAUCCUGAUCCAGAGUGUGACCCUAGUCUAGAGGCAGAGGUGGUGAAACCAGAAAAAUGUGGCAAAAUCAAGGAUCGCGCAGGACCCUUCAGGGAGUGUAUCAGUGUAGUGGAUCCUACUCCGUUCUUCCAGAGCUGUGUGUAUGACAUGUGUCAGUUCAAUGGUCAACAGCAGGUGUUGUGUGACCAGCUACAGGCCUACACUGACGUCUGCCAGAGAGCAGGAGCCACCGUCCACCAGUGGAGGACUCCAGACUUCUGCCCCCUGGCUUGUCCACCCAACAGCUCCUACUCUUUGUGCGUCAGCUCAUGUCCGGAGACCUGCCUGGGUGCUGUUGGACCACCUGGUUGUGAAGAUGUGUGUGUGGAGGGAUGCGAGUGUAACCCAGGCUUCAUCCUCAGUAAUGACAAGUGUGUGGCACUGAAGGACUGUGGAUGUGUGGACACCAGUGGAACAUAUCAUCCUAUGGGUGAUGACUGGUACUUGGAAGGUUGUGAACAGAGGUGUAUGUGUCACAGUGGAGGUUUGAUCCAGUGUCACAAUACCAGCUGCAGACCCACUGAGAGCUGCCAGUUACACAACGGAGAGUAUGAAUGCCAUCCCACAACAGAAUGCCCCCCUAAUGCAGAAUACAUAGACUGUGGUCCUGCAUGUGUCCCAACAUGUAAAGAACCUUCUACAAACUGUACUGGCUCUUGCAUCACCGGGUGCUUCUGUAAACCAGGGUUUGUCUUUAGGGGGCGCUACUGUGUCCCCCUGGAGAGUUGCGGUUGCCUGGAUGACCAGAACAACUAUUAUGAGCCAGGUGAGAUUGUUUUUGGAGAUGGCUGUUCCAAGCUGUGCCGCUGUGCAGGAAACUACACUUUGGAAUGCGUAGAUAACUCCUGUGACCCCACUGAAGAAUGCCGUGAGAUUAAUGGGGUUUCUGGUUGUUAUCCUAAAGAUACAUCCACAUGUAUAGCAUCUGGUGAUCCUCAUUACACCACGUUUGAUAAGAAAAAAUACAACUUCAUGGGAAACUGCAGCUAUUUAAUGACUGCACCCUGCAACAAAACAUUUCAACCGUACUUUGAAGUCCACGCUGACAAUGAAAACCGUUACAACAAGCCAACCAUCUCCUACUUGAAGGCUGUCCAUGUAUAUGUGCACAUGGUGAAGAUUUCAAUCCUUAAAGGUGGUACUGUGCAGGUGAAUGGUACCAAUGUAAAUCUGCCAGUCAAUCCAGCCCCUGGUGUCUCUGUGUUCAAGUCUGGAAAACACUACACUGUGUCUAUGGACUUUGGUGUGACUGUUCGAUAUGAUGGUAACCACUUCAUGGACAUAAAAGUGACAAAAGACUUUCAGAGUAAACUAUGUGGACUGUGUGGAGACUAUGAUGGAAAUGCCAAAGACGACUUCCGCAAGCCUGAUGGAUUACUGACCAACAAUGCAAAUGAGUUUGGCCACAGCUGGAACACUGAUCCAGAGUGUAAUAAGAAACCAAACACCACGUUCCCUGGUUGUGAUGAAGAAGAGCAGGAUUUGUAUGAGAGCUCUGGAUACUGCGGCAUUCUCCUGGACAAAAACGGUCCUUUUGCUGUCUGCCAUCGUAAAGUCAACCCCAAUAACUAUUUCAGGGACUGUGUAUUUGAUCUGUGUGAACUGGAUGGAGCCAAACCCAUUCUGUGUGAAGCCAUCGAAGCAUAUGUGAAUGAGUGCCAAGACCGUGGAGUGGACAUCGGAGCCUGGAGGAAUGAAACCUUCUGCCCUCUGAAAUGCCCCCCAAACAGCCACUACGUGCCCUGUGCCGCCCCCUGUCAGGACACAUGUGCAGGGAAGCCUACACACAACUGUGAUGGGCCCUGCUCUGAAGCCUGUGUGUGUGAUCCUGGAUAUGUUCUGAGUGCUGGCAAAUGUGUCAAGAAGAGUUCAUGUGGUUGCAAACACACCAACGGCCAGUAUUAUGAGCCUGGACAGGAGUUUUAUGUGGAGAACUGUCUGCUCAAGUGUAAAUGUGAAGCACCUUUUGUAACCUGUGUGCCCUCGGACUGUCCUCCAAUGCAUGAGUGUAAAGUACAGGAUGGAGAGCUGGGCUGUUACCCCACCGGCUCUCAGGACUGUGUAGUUUCUGGAGAUCCUCACUACAACACAUUUGACAAGAAAUUCUACAGUUUCAUGGGAACAUGUACCUACACACUAGCCAGACCCUGCAGGAACAACACAGGUCCAUGGUGGUCAGUGGAGGGCAAAAACGAGGAGAGAGGAGUGAGCGGUGUGUCGUACCUCAGAAAACUCUACGUGACUGUGAACGGAGUGACUGUGACACUGAUGAAGGCCAGGAGGACACUGGUGAAUGGUCUACGUGUAGCCCUUCCACACUCGCCUUCCCCUUUCAUUUCUGUCAGUCUCGCUGGUCAGUACAUCACAGUCCAGACAACUUUUGGGCUUCAGAUACGCUGGGAUGGAAACCACUACGCCCAGAUUACAGUUCCCAGCUCCUACCAUGACCAGAUGUGUGGUCUUUGUGGUGACUAUGAUGGGAACCCAAACAAUGACUUCACCAAACCAGACGGCUCUCUGGGAGCAAACGCCAAUGAUUUCGGCAACAGCUGGCAGACAGAAGAGGAUGAGGAUGCCUCAUGCACCCCUGGCACCAAGCCCGAUCCAGAAUGUGACCCUAGUCUAGAGGCAGAGGUGGUGAAACCAGAAAAAUGUGGCAAAAUCAAGGAUCGCACAGGACCAUUCAGGGAGUGUAUCAAUGUCGUGGAUCCUACUCCGUUCUUCCAGAGCUGUGUGUAUGACAUGUGUCAGUUCAAUGGUCAACAGCAGGUGUUGUGUGACCAGCUACAGGCCUACACUGAUGUCUGCCAGAGAGCAGGAGCCACCGUCCACCAGUGGAGGACUCCAGACUUCUGCCCCCUGGCUUGUCCACCCAACAGCUCCUACUCUUUGUGCGUCAGCUCAUGUCCAGAGACCUGCCUGGGUGCUGUUGGACCACCUGGUUGUGAAGAUGUGUGUGUGGAGGGAUGUGAGUGUAACCCAGGCUUCAUCCUCAGUAAUGACAAGUGUGUGGCACUGAAGGACUGUGGAUGUGUGGACACCAGUGGAACAUAUCAUCCUGUGGGUGAUGACUGGUACUUGGAAGGUUGUGAACAGAAGUGCAUGUGUCACAGUGGAGGUUUGAUCCAGUGUCACAAUACCAGCUGCAGACCCACCACUGAGAGCUGCCAGUUACACAACGGAGAGUAUGAAUGCCGUCCUCUAGGAAAUGGAAUCUGCUCAGUAUCUGGUGACCCUCAUUACACCACUUUUGACAAGCGCACUCACCACUACAUGGGGGCCUGCUCUUAUACCCUGACCAAACCUUGCAACGUCUCCUCCGGCUUGCCUUACUUCACUGUGGACACCCAGAAUGAGCACAGAGGAAGUAAUAAGAGGGUGUCCUACGUCAGAGCUGUAAUAAUAAAUGUGAAUGGUGUCACUGUCAUACUGGGAAAGGGACGCACAGUUCAGGUAAAUGGGACAGCUGUUGUUCCACCUGUCACCUCCAUCAGUGGAGUUAAGAUCUACCUGAGUGGAAAGUUUGUUGUCCUGGAGACAUCCUUUGGGCUGAGGGUCCGUUUCAAUGGUGACCACCAUGCUGAUGUGACUGUACCAACUUCCUACAAUGGCCUGCUUUGUGGCAUGUGUGGGAAUUUCAAUGGCAACCCCAAAGAUGACAACCUGAAACCAAAUAACAUACCAGCUGCCAACACCAAUGAGCUGGGAGACAGUUGGGAGGUUCCUGAUCCCCGGCCUGACUGCACCAAUGGUGGAGGACAAGAGGACUGUGAUGAAAAGUUGGAGGAAGAAGCUAAGAAACCCACCAGCUGUGGCAUGAUCACUGAUCCCAAUGGUAUUUUCAAGCCCUGUCAUAGCGUGGUUUCCCCUGAGCCCUUCUUUGAAAACUGCGUAUAUGACAUAUGUGCCACUGGGGGUCAGACCGUGGCUCUGUGCCAGGCCAUUGAAAGCUACGCUGACAUGUGUGCUGCAGCAGGAGUCCCCAUUGCAUGGAGGAACAGCACCUUCUGUCCUCUGAAAUGCCCCCCUGGCAGUCAUUACAACCCCUGUGGCCCCGCCUGCCCCCAGCCAAGCUGUCAGGACCCUGCUGGCCCUAGUGGUUCAUGCAAUGAGCCCUGUGUGGAGGGGUGCAUCUGCAACCCAGGCCUCGUCCUCAGUGGCAAAAAAUGUGUCCCGUUAAGCGAGUGUGGGUGCACAGAUACAGAUGGAAAGUACAGGCCGGUUGGAGACAGCUGGUUCACAGAGAUGGACUGCUCAGAGCGCUGUAAGUGUAACGGAAACCACAAUAUCACCUGUGAGCCCUGGCAGUGCAGCCCUGCACAGGAAUGUAAAGUGGUAGAAGGAGUACUCGACUGCCAUUCCACAGGUAAAGGAGUGUGUCAGGUGGCUGGAGAUCCUCACUAUUACACCUUUGAUGGUGUGAUGCACACAUUCAUGGGCACUUGCACUUACACUUUGGUGGAGGUGUGUAACGCCACCAAAGUGGUUCCCUUUAAGAUAGUGGCUAAAAAUGAAGAGCGCGGUCAACCAGAGGCAUCCUAUCUUCGUUCAGCCAAGGUCUAUCUGCCCGAUGGCACGGUGGUGGAGCUACAGAAGAGCAGAAGAGUUCUACUGGAUGGACGUCGGGUGCGAACCCCUUUGUCCAUUGAAAAAGCUGGAGCCAAGGUGAUAACAAGUGGAUCCUAUGUUGUGCUGGACACAAACUUUGGUCUGCUGGUGAAGUUUGAUGGGGUCCAUCAACUUGAAAUCACUGUUCCAGGGGAAUACUUUAACAAGCUGUGUGGAAUGUGUGGCAACUACAACCACAACUCUUCUGAUGACAACUUGAUGCCCAACAAGAAACCAGCCAAGGAUGUGAUUGAACUGGGCAACAGCUGGAAAGCUGAAGGAGACAGUGAUCCUGGCUGUCAGCCAGACACCCGUCCAGACAUCCAUCCUAACUGUACUGCAGAUGAGGAGAAGCUGUAUGAGGCCCAGUGCGCCAGCAUUAUCCUCUCGGAUCACUUUAAGCCCUGUCACUCUCUGGUGCCCCCUUCAGCUUAUGUGGGUAACUGCAUCUACGACAUGUGUGAGUACAACGGCAUGCAGGCAACACUGUGUGACAAUGUGGAGGCGUACGCUCAGGCCUGCCAGAGCGCUGGAGUCACCAUCAGCUGGAGGAACAACACCUUCUGCCCGCUGCCUUGUCCUCUGAACAGCCACUACUCUGACUGCACAGCCCCCUGCCCCCCCACUUGUGCUGACCUCUUCCCCAUCGUCUGCCACUUACCCCCCACCACAUGUGUAGAGGGCUGCCAGUGUGACGCUGGCUUUGUCCUCAGUGACAACAACUGUGUUCGUCUGGAUAAGUGUGGCUGCCUGGACUCAGAUGGCGAGUACCACAAUGUGGGAGACUCAUGGCUGACCCCCAGGUGCUCUGACAUGUGCACCUGCAACCUCGGAGGGAAAAUCACCUGUAAGGACCACAGCUGUAAUUCCAACUCAGUAUGUGACGUGGACAAAUAUGGAGACCUCUACUGCAAACCUUCCAAGUUUGACAAGUGCAGUAUCUCUGGGGAUCCACAUUACCGAACAUUCGACGGUUUCGUCCAUCAUUACCAGGGUCCCUACACCUAUGUCCUGACUCAGGGACAUGACCUGCCAAACUCCAUGAUACCCCUUUUAGUAAGGGGGAAGAAUAUUAGGAGGGGUGGGAACAGGAGGGUGUCGUUUUUGGAUCAGAUGUACAUUGACGUCUACGGCGUGAACAUUCGCUUCCUGCAGAAGAAGGCAGUCCUGGUGAAUGGGGAACGUGUUGCGCCUCCUCUCAGUCCAGUUGAUGGUGUGACCGUCACCAUGAACUCCAGGCAGGUUCAACUCACCACUGACUUUGGAGUCACUGUGCGCUUUGACGGCAGCAGUCGUGGAGAGAUCAUCCUGCCCAGCACCUAUAAGAAACAUGUCAGAGGCCUGUGUGGAAACUACGAUGGCAUCAAAAACAAUGAGUACCAGAAACCAGACGGGACAUUCGUCAGGGACCUAAAUGUGUUCGGAGAGAGCUGGAGAGUCACUGACCGCCAGACCAGUGGACAAAAGACCUAUGACCUUCUACACACUGUCCACGCCCACAGGCUCAGACGAGAGGUGGAGACUGAUCCAGAUUCAGGCUUUGAGACAUCAGACUGUUCUCAGGCUGAGCUCAAUAACUAUAACAGUAAUACUCAGUGUGGAGCUCUGUCUGACUCUAAAGGACCGUUCCAUUCCUGCCACACCCUGCUGCCUCCUCAAACCUAUCAGGAUGACUGUGUGUUUGACCUGUGUGCUGAGCGUGGCAGUCCGGAGCUGCGCUGUGCCAGUUAUGAAGCGUACGCCGCUGCCUGUCAGGAGGGAGGAAUCACACUAGGACCCUGGAGGCAGAACCUGGGCUGUGCUCCCUCCUGUGCAGCCAACAGCACCUAUUCACAGUGUAUGACAUCGUGCCCUGCUUCCUGUGCUGACCUUGCUGCACCAUCUGAAUGUGACAUCACUUCGUGUAUGGAAGGAUGCCAGUGUGCUCCAGGCUUCGUCAUGAGUGAAGGAACAUGUGUGCCUUAUACACAGUGUGGCUGCACCCACCUCAACAGAUAUUAUCCUCUGAAGGAGAAGUUCAUAACUGAGGACUGCUCUCAGUCAUGUGAAUGCACCACCACUGGUACAGUCUGUCACGACAGCAGCUGCCAGGACGGCUACGUUUGCACCAUCUUUGACUUUAAACGAGACUGCUACAGAGCAAGCCCGUGCCUCAGUUAUCCUUGUCUGAACGGAGGAACAUGUAAAGAAAGCAGCAACAGCACAUACACCUGUCAGUGUCCAGAGGGCUUCGAGGGAAUGAACUGUGAGGCUGAGAAAAUAAAGGAUGAUUCAAAUUGGAAGACUAUCCUGAUCGCUGUCCUCGUCUCAGUUGCUGUGGUCGCCAUUUUAAUCACAAUUGUGUGUGUUUGUAGAUCCAAAGCCAAGUCCCAAGUUUAUGUAAUUCAGAAGCAGCUGCCAUCUCACAGUGGGAAAAAGAAGCAUGAGGAGAAAAAACUCAGCAUGAAGUCAACAAGUGUCCCAUACAAAAACAUAGACGAUGAAGGAAAACACAAAACGACGCCAAUGUGAUUUAUCUUUUAUUGUUUGUAAUUUGUGGAAUGUGUUCAUAUGUUCAGAUGUAAACUCAACAGACCCCGCCCCCACCAAGAAUAUAAAAGAAGAAAAAUAAAUUUCUAUAAGAAAUGAAAGCUGUAAUGUUUGUUUAUGAA